AUGCUUUAUAUAGCCCCAUUGUUCCUGCUGGACGAGCCCAUGGCCAGAUUUGGCUAUGCAGACGAUACAGCAUUUCUUGCAAUAUCACCUACUCUGGGAGAAAAUUGCCAAACCCUAUCAAACUCUCUGCAAGAGGCCCUGGACUGGGAUUUGUCAGAAGGGAUAACCUUUGCACCUGACAAAUAUGAGCUGCUACAUCUCUUACGGCAUCAGGCAGAUCAAACCCCUAACAUUACACUCUCAGUAUCUGUAGGCACUGUUACAAUUAAGGAAAAUAUAACUCGCCCGUACCUACGCUGGCUGGGGAUUCUCUUUGACAAAAAGCUCAGUUUCAAAUAUCAUGUCCGUGAAAUGGCUUCAAAGGCUUUAACUGUGGCAAAUGCACUCCGCUCCCUCAGUAAUACAGUGCGAGGGGUCAACCCUUAUCUCAUGCAGCAGGCAAUCAAGGCCUGCGUACUCUCUAAAGUCUACUACGGCAUUGAAACCUGGUGGCCAGGUUACUCUCGCCCUGAUCCACGCACAGAAACAGUCUCAAACCGGGUCCAGGGACACCUGGAUAGAGUGACCAAAGUUAUACUAGCAGGGGCUAGAGCAGUUCUCCCAGUUUACCGCACAACUCCAAUACCAGCUCUCUAUCGGGAGUCGGGGCUCCUACCAGCAGAGAUUGAGCUAGACUAUAGAGUUGCUACUGCUGCAGUCCGCAUACGCCGCCUUGACCCCUAUCACCCGCUUCGCAGGAGAGCAGAAAAGGUAAUCCGCAUAGGCCUUAAGAAAAGCCGUUUUGCGCGCCGCGUACGAGCCCUGCCGAAGUCAGAACAAAUAAACCCUUUGCAGAACGCCCCCUGGCUGCUGCAGGAGUCGCGUGAAGCAGCCCAACAACGGAUUAGAGCCCCAGCAGGCCAAACCAAGGAACAGGUGGCCAGCAGUUUCCAGAACUUUUAUACCUAUCUUCCCCAGACAGAUAUAAAGGUCUUUACAGACGGCUCAAAGCUAGCAAAUGGAAUGGCAGGCGCGGGUUUUGCCCUAUGCCAAUCGGGAAAGCUAUACCAACAGUCUUCCUUUUCUCUAGGCCCCAACAAAGAGGUCUUUGAUGCAGAGGCCGAAGCAGCACUAGCUGGAAUCAAAGCAGCUCUUAAGCUAACUACAGCCUACCUUGCUACCAACCUCUGGAUCUGCCUAGAUAACCUAGAGGUAGCCACACGCCUUCUCUCAACCUUUUCGGGGUCAUCCCAAGAGGUCUUCAAUACCUUCCAAGACCUUGUCUCAUCCUGGUCAGUACGGGAACGAUAUCUAUACACCGGCAGCAGCUCCGUCCGGAUCUGCUGGGUCCCUGGUCAUAUGCAAAUACCAGAGAACGAAGCAGCAGAUCAGGCUACCAAAAAGGGAGCAGGCAUACUCUCUUCUCUUGCAAACAAACACUCGUAUGCCUCAUUAAGGCGGCAGACAAAGGAUGACGCUAUAUCUGCCCUUCAGGAGUACUGGCAGCUUAAGGCCCCGCAAUCCUACCAGGAUCUCUGGAUUGCCAAAUCCCCCAGAUGUCCUGCAGAGCUAAAACUCCCGAGACACCUCCUCGCACGGAUUCUAGCGGCCCGUACGGGUCAUGGAGAUUUCGCAGCUUAUCACGAACGUUUUAAUCAUGAAGAUGCACACAUUCUCUGCCGCUGCGGAGCAAGGAAAAUCUCAAUCCACUUUCUUUUCUGCUAUAUCGCUAAAAGACGCCUGCCCCGACUCCUAGGUUCCCCCUCUGAGACAAUCCCCUUCCUAUUAGGCACCCCAAAGGGCGCGGCCAAGUUAGCUGCCUGGCUAGCUGAAAUCCGCUUCUUUGAGGAUAUCUGUACCCGAUCUCCCUUACCUCAACCAGACUGA